AAACCACCAACUCAAUUAAAAUGAUAUAAAAAAACACAAAUUGAACAAGUAUCUAGAUACAUUACAAAUUUAUUACGACACCAACAACAACACUUUACCGCAGUACAUAAAUUAUAUCUGAGGCCUCCUCCAGCAGUUGUGUUGAGAAAAAAAAAUAUAUUGAAAACCUAUCUAUUCAAUUUGUACGUGAUCUAAAUGUUUAAAUAUUUAAAACAUUUCUUCUUAUUCCCAUUCUGUUUAAUACAAAAUUCUAAAUUAAAUUUGUAAAAAUUGCAAUGUACAUUUACAUUGAUGUUGUAGAGUGAAGUAAUAAAAUUACAAAACAAUUAAUUGAUUACUGGAGAGAAAGGGACGAGUAUUAACGGGACAUGCAAAGAUUUGGGAAAAUAUUUGUUUCGAUAAAGGAUAUACGGAAAUCAUGGGCUAUAGCAUUCCUCUUCAGCAUUCUUCUUACACAAACCCCAACAAAUUGUCACACAUUAAGCUUACACCAAGAUGACAUUAUUAUAUUACCCGAUGAACCAGAUGCUACCUGUCCCAUGGGUUAUUUCCAUUGCAACACAACAUUACAGUGUGUAUCGCAACGUUUGAAUUGUGAUGGUUCAGCUGAUUGUGAUGAUGCCUCCGAUGAAUGGAAUUGUGUAAAUGACAUAGAUGCAAUAUUUUGGGAUCAUUUGUUUCGCAAACAACCAUAUGGACGACAUGAUGAUAUACCCAUAGGCACAUGUUAUUGGCCAGCAAAUAAUUUGAGUUGUGCCUGUCGUGGCAAUGAAAUUUUAUGUCGCAAUCAACAAUUAACUGCCAUACCGGCAAAUUUGCCCUACAAUGAUGUGGCCAUGCUCGAUUUAACGGGCAAUAAUUUUACACAUUUAAGUGAGAAUUUUUUGGAUAAUCUACCAAUGACCGAGGAAUUGGUAUUAAAACUUUGUUCCAUCACUACUAUGGAUUCUCAUGCCUUCAGACAACUCUCGACAGUGCCGGUUAAAACAUUAUAUUUGGAUGAAAAUAAAAUUGAAUGUCUGCCGGAAAAUUUGUUUGCCAAAGGAAAUUAUUUGAAAACACUCAUUUUAUCCGGCAAUCGUAUAAAUGUUUUACAUGACUAUGACUUCAUAUUCUUGGAGGAAUUACUGGAAUUAGAUUUGCGUGGCAAUUGUUUGGAAACAUUUAAUGCCAUGAUUUUUGAGCCAUUACAAAAGUUGGAAGUAUUAUAUUUGAAUAGAAAUAAUAUAAAGCAAUUGGAAGCUGGUAUGUUUCCCAUAUUGAAAAAUGUACACACUUUGUCCUUGGCAGAUAACAAUCUAAGGAGCAUAGAAAGUAAUAGCUUUACAUUUCCUCAUCUCAGAUAUUUAUUUUUAGCAGGUAAUAUGCUAACUGAAUUGAAAAGUCGCACAUUUUGUAACCUAAAUAUGUUGCAAGGAUUGCAUUUAAAUAAUAACUCUCUACAAACAUUUGAUCUUCAUGCUUUCGAUUGUUUGGGUAAUCUAACUUCUUUAUUGCUAAAUGAUAAUGAAUUUAGAACCUUGGAUCCUAGAGUUUUACAGAAUUUAAGCAAUUUAGAUUAUAUCUAUUUUUCCUGGUUCCAUUUGUGCCGUGCUGCAAUGCAUGUAAGAGUUUGCGAUCCUCAUGGUGAUGGUAUCAGUAGUACACAGCAUUUAUUGGAUAAUCCAAUACUUAGAGGCAGUGUCUGGGUUAUGGCAGCCAUAGCUGUUGUUGGCAAUCUAUUGGUUCUACUCGGUCGUUAUUUCUAUAAAACGCGCAGCAAUGUAGAACAUUCUCUGUAUCUCCGCCACUUGGCUGCCAGUGAUUUUCUAAUGGGCAUUUAUCUGGCGAUUAUUGCUUGUGCUGAUAUAAGUUUUCGUGGCGAGUAUAUUGUACAUGAGGAGUUGUGGCGCCACAGUGGCAUGUGUGCAUUUUCAGGAUUCUUAAGCACGUUUAGCUGCCAAUCGUCUACUCUCCUGCUGACGUUGGUUACUUGGGAUCGUUUGAUGUCGGUGAUGAGACCUUUACAUGCUCGGGAUACAGCUAGGAAAAGAAUUGUUGUACGUCUACUGAUACUGUGGAGCAUAUCCUUCGCCUUGGCUGCUGCUCCUCUUUUCCCUACACAAUAUUUUGGCUCCCACUUCUAUGGCACAAAUGGUGUUUGCUUAUCCCUGCAUAUACAUGAUCCCUAUGCCAAGGGUUGGGAGUAUUCUGCAGUGUUAUUUAUUUGUAUAAAUACCUUUUCCUUGGUUUUCAUUUUAACUUCUUAUGUGAGGAUGCUGCAGGCUAUCAAGGAUUCGGGUGGUGGUAUGCGUAGCACAAUAAGUGGUCGUGAAAGUGUUGUGGCAACGAGGUUUGCCAUCAUUAUCACCACCGACUGUGCCUGCUGGUUGCCUGUAAUAGUUGUUAAAUUGCUGGCUUUAUCUGGCAUACCUAUAUCACCUUCUCUCUAUGCCUGGUUGGCUGUCCUAGUGCUGCCCGUUAAUUCAGCAUUAAAUCCCAUACUUUAUACUCUUACAACGGCGGUGUUUAAACAACAGCUAAGACGUUACUGUCAAGCCUUACCUACCUGCUCGCAUAUGUUCUUGGAGCGACAGAGUACUCAAAUGGGAUUUGAGUCGGCUAUAAGCACAAGUUUGGGGCAAUUUGGCAGCAGUAAAUCUAAUAAAUCCAAUUCGGGACGUAAACGUUCUUCGCAAAGGUGCUCACAACGUUGCGCGAAUCCGAAAUGUGGCAGUCAUGUAUGAGAUAGAGUGAAAUUUGUGAUCCAUUAUGAGGACACUAUACUGUAGUACAAGCCAGCAAAUAUAACGAACGAAUUUUAAAAAAAUACAAUGUGAUUAAGAACUGUGAACUGCUCUUUGUUAAAAACUG